GUGGUGUUCCAGACGGUUCCAGCAGCUUCUUCUUCAAACACUGAGUUCAGUCGCACCCAAGAUGGAGCAGCCGGAGCAGGAGCAGGAGCAGCAGAGCGAGAUGCUGUCCCAAGGGCUGUUGGGGAUGUGGCAGCCCAUGGUGGCACAGCUCCAAGACACCCUCCACGAGAUUGUAGAGUCACAGGAGGAGCUCGUUGCACGUGUGUCGGAGGAAUCGUCCAACGUUGCAACUAACAAGGCCUUGGAGGAAGUCGCCCUUGUGAUGUCGCAAGUACCCACGUACACACAGAAGCUGGUGCAGAUCCGCAAGGACAUGGUCUCGCUUCACGAAAAGAGCAAUCGCAUGAAGAAGCGUGCCGAGAAGCUGGCGCUGCAGCAGUCGACGCAGGCGCAAAGGGCGGCACAGCAGGCGGAGCAGGAGCGUCAGCGGGAGCGAAGAUUACAGGCACGCCCCGUGGAGGACGUGCUGCCAACACAGCCCGCAGCCAUCAAGAAGAAGACAAAGAAGCGCACAAGCACGAGCAGCGCAACCAGCACAGGCAGCACUCCCGCGCAGGAUCGCGGCAUCAUCGUUGUCAACCCCGGCCCAAAGGCCGCAACUACCACCACCACCAACACCGCCAACACUUCCAACACCACCACCGCCAACACUUCCAACACCACCACCACCACCGCCAAGGGUGAUGAGGCACCGCAGUAGGCAUCUUUAGGCACGCACGCCCUGGUGCCACACGCAUUGGCAUUGGUUGUGUUUUGGCUUUCCGCUGAUUUGCUUUUCACCCCGUUUGUGGCCCUUUGAUACGCAGACACACGCAAGUUUGCUUCGUAUGUUGCGUGUUUGCUUCGUCACAGUGCUUCACUGUGGUGCUGCACACUGUUACAUGAUCGUGGCGUGCGGCUGUUCCCACGCCAAAUGGAGUUUGAAUACACACAGGCGAGCGAGCA